GGAGGCGGAGUCGAGGCGCCUGAUGAUUACGCCAGCUUAGGGGCGGAAGUGGUUCUUAAGAGACCUGGCGCGCCGCAGAUAUGGGCGUUAAACUGGAGGUGUUUCGGAUGACUCUGUACCUCACGUUCCCCGUGGCCAUGUUCUGGAUUUCCAAUCAGGCUAAUUGGUUUGAGGAUUCUGUCAUACAGCGCAAGAGGGAGUUGUUCCCACCAGAAAAGGAAAGUCAGCGCCAAGAGUUCGAAGCCUUCAAAGACAGGAUCCGGAAGCAACGGGAGGAGAAGCUGCUUGGCCGGGCUGCCCAGCACGGCUCAUGAAUGCCUGGGUCCCGGCACCCCCUUUCCCUUGCCCCCUGCCCUCUCCCCGCUAUACUGGUGACAAAAAUCACACCAAAAAAACUCUGUUGAUGGUUGCUU